UGGGUGAACCGGAAGUGUCACCUUUAUAUUGUCACCUGCACACGAUCAAAGGCUUUUAAAAGGAUCAAUAACGUGUUUAAUAGGAUCAAUGAAGCCAAUACACAAAUCGUUAUAUAUUUGGCAAUACACUAUUUGUGUGUAGGCUCAUCGUAGCACUGAAAUAUGUCUGUCAAUAUCCUGGGAUAAAAAAUGUGUAAAUGAAAAUCAAUGUGACCGUAAAAAAUUAAGAGAAUAUCUUUUUAAUCUGUUUAGAUUUUUUGAAACUGUGCGGGAAGUGAAUGAAAGAAAAUAUUGGAUUUUAAAAGCUUUACAAAUAAGACAUAUUUGCAUUUCUAUGCUAAGGUAAACUUUAAAGUAAUUUAUUUGUACUGACAAGAACUUGGAUAAAUUAAUCAAUAUCGUCAUAUGCAGUUGUGGAUUAGAAAUCGAAUGUGAGCGACAUUGGUUUAUGAAAAGUGCAAUGAAAAGAACAGCUAAUGGAUUAGGAACGGAUUUAUUGAACAGUUGUAUUAUCUACUGACAACCCAGUUACGUCCUAGACCCAACUUAGGAACACUUUAUCAAUUAGGUAAUUAAUAAUACGAAAGACAAUUUAGUAUCGAUAUGGCUUCGUCCUUCUUAGGACCUGAAUCUCCGAGGCCGUAUGCUGUCAUUUCUGAAGGAUAUAGAAACAGACUUUGCAUCCCAACGUAUUCAAGAAGUGAGCAAUAUGACUUUGGAAAGGAAUAUGACAAUGCGUUUUAUAAUUUAUUACAGAAAUAUACCGAUUUAGACACCACGGACCGUUUUUGUUACGUGGGUGACGUCAAAGAAAAUUUUGUGGAGAAAAUUGCUGACAAGUUUUGUCUACUGGAACCUGUGAUGACUGUAAUACCCGGUCAUUACAGCUAUGUGGAGACUGACAAUCAGAAAGUUCUCUCCCUUAGAAUUGCACAAACUGGCGCCGAGGAAUAUUUCCGUCAGUUAAAGAAAAGUAAAGAUUCAGACAAACUAGUGUUUGACAAAAUUAUGUUAAAAGAUGCUAUCCGAUACUUUGAGAACCCCAAGGAGACGUAUGCGAAUAUUAUGGGAUGCUUGGCUCCUGGUGGACAACUCCUUAUCGUUCACAGACCGAGCAACCUAAAUACAUUGCCACUAUUUGGUGAUGCCAAAGAGAGGUUGGAAUCCAACGAGACGCCUUAUAUGGAUAUAAUUAAUGACUUGCAAGAAUGUAAGCUUGACAUUCAGUGGGAAAUGGAAUGCUUGCCUCUAAUAAUUUCAAAACGCAAGUGGUUUUCUAUGUUGAAGGAAAAGUUUCCGCCAAUGAUGGAAAUUAUGAGCGAUUCUGAAAUAACUUCCGGUGUGCGUGAACUAUCGGAGGGAAUUCUUAAGUAUGAAGGGGAAAAUGUUGAAUUAGUAGAUAGACUUUUAUUUAUCUCCGUUUCGAAAUCCAAACUUGAUGAAGGCUUUCCGAAGUUACACAGGUACGGACAGAGUGAAAAUGUUUUCCCUGAUUUGCAUGAUCUGAAGUUUUCAAUGGAGUUGACGGACGAAAUCAAACCAUUCGUGAGCAAAAAGAAUUACGAACAUAAAAAGCCCUGACACAAAGACGGUAGCUAGCAAUUUGUGUUCCCUAAAACGUUUGCUUUUUAAAGUUAGAUAUAAUAUUACCGAAACUUAUGAAAUUAGUCCAGUCAAAAAUUUAGAGUGGGCGAUUCACGGUCACUUAGCGCUAAAAGUGCCUUCAGCAAUAUUGUAAGCGCAAUUAAAAUUUCUACUUAUUGUCCGUUUAUUUAUAUUGUACUAGAUACCUUGCCAAGUAUGGUAAAAGCGAAUAGUUAAAUGUUACGUUCUUCUAGAGUCUUGAACAAAAGCAGUGAAAAUUUGUGAAUGUAUUUUUGGAAUAACUUCGAUUUAUUCAAAAAUACCGUUAACACAUCGUCAAUAGAUAAACAAUAAAAUUGUUUAUUAAUUUGGUAGUCGAUUGACCAAAUAAGAGUAUAAAUAACAAUGAGAAGGUCACAUGGUAUAUGGAAACAAUACAACAUGUAAAAGAAUGGUCCAAAGCGCGAAAAAGGGUUUGAAAAUCAAGUAUUAGAAAGUAUGAAGGAAACUAGUCUGGUCUACGUAAAUUAUUUUGCGAAUUAUUGAUCAAUAUUGCUAACAGAAAAGGCCUGUAAAUCACGGUUUCAAAAAAGACUCAACACCGGAGCCCUGCUAUUAAAUAUUAUGCAAUUCAAGAAGAAUCGAAUCAUUAUAAUUGGAAACACUUUGUUUUACUAUGACAAUAGUUUCGAAAAGAAAAUCGAAUCGCUUUGGUUUAGAGAAAAGGAAAUUAGAAACUGUUUAAUUUACAAGUUCAGUAGCGUGUGUGCUUACGUAUGCUUAGGUAGCUUACGGUGUGCAGCCUUGAUUAAGGACAAAAAAAUACAUGAAGUCUUUCUCAACUUUGAUUAGCGCGUGUGCUUGCUUAAGCUUAGGAAACUUAUGGUGUGCAGCUUUAAUUAAGAAAACUUUGGUCUUUUGCACUUUUAUUUAAUUAUAAAAGAAAUUAAUAAAUCUUUGCUUGCUUGCAUGUGACUGUCUGUGAGCUUCCCAGAACUACAGAGAAAUUACAAUAAAUUUGCCAUUUCCAAAUCUACAGAAUUAUGUUAAUAGUUUCUUGCUUGAACAUCUUAACCAAAACAAUGUUUACUACGCCAUUGGUCCAAUAUCCAUUGCUAAGGACGGUGUCAACCAAUCCAAACUAUUUGUUGUACUCACUUUUGAAAUUAUCACCCAAUUUCCGUAUCAUUUAUAAAAUUAUGUCUGUGAUAAAGUUUAUGCUCAGCGCUUGGUGCCAAUUUUUAUUUUUUAUAGUUACUAGUCAUUUUUGUGAAUUUAGAAGUUUGUAUGAAUAAAAAUCUUUUGUUGUGUA